AUGGACAGAGGUUUGCGCGCGGAAAAAGGCGACUACGAAAAGACAUACCCAGAGGAUCCAAUAUUCGAAGAAAUGGCACCUUCUGCUAGGAUAUGGCAAGCAUAUCUGGACGAAUGUCAAACAUACGAUGCAGAAAUGGUUGAGGUUUGGAGGGAUACAAUCGAUGUCCUGCUAGUUUUUGCUGGUUUAUUCUCGGCCGUGGUAACAACAUUUGUAGUGCAAACAUUACAAUCUUUGCAACUCGACUUCAAUCAAGUAUCGGCGUCUCUGCUAUUCGAACUCGUCAGUGUUCAACGGGCCCUCGCUAAUGGUACUUCUGUGGACGACGUCCCAUCCUCCCAACUAACGCCCACCUCUUCCUUCAGUCCUUCAUCUCUGAUCGUUUGGACCAACGGACUCUGGUUCGUCAGCCUCUCACUCAGCUUGACCAUCGCUCUCGUAGCAGUCUUGACCAAACAAUGGAUCCACCACUACAUAUCUGUACCAUCCGGCACCCCUCGAUACCGCAGCCGCAUCCGUCAUUUCCGUUACAUGGGUCUGGAGAAAUGGCAUGUGCCAGUCAUCGUUGGACUGCUUCCCCUGCUCAUGCACUCGUCUUUAGCCCUCUUUUUCGCCGGCUUGGUUCUAUUCUUGAUAACCUUACAUAUUGGCAUAGCCAUCUCCAUUCACGCAGAUGGUCACUGA